UGUAACAUACUCUGCUUUGCUUCAGCCAGACAGCUCCUUCUUCCACCAGCAUGUGUCGAACAACCAGAGUCUUGCUCACUCUCAUCAGCCUAAGCAUAUUUCCAUUCUUCACAACUGGUUCACUACAGCGCCAGCAUGCUCAUGGUGGCGGUUGCAUCCCAGUCGAGAGGGCCGCCUUGCUCUCCUUCAAAGAGGGCAUUACAAGCAACAACAGCAACCUCCUUGCCUCGUGGCAAGGACAGGACUGCUGCCGGUGGAGAGGCAUCAGUUGCAGCAACCAAACAGGCAAUGUCAUCAAGCUUCACCUUCGCAACCCGAAUGCAACGUUCGACUCCGCUGGUUUCUAUUAUGCAUGUGAAGAUGCCAAUGCUUUGUUCGGCGAGAUAAGUCCCUCUUUGCUUUCCCUGAAGGGUCUAGAGCACCUCGACCUUAGCAUGAACUGUUUACUAGGGCCAGAUAGCCAGAUUCCUCUUUUAUUGGGCUCCAUGAGAUAUCUUAACCUCUCCAGCAUACCAUUUAUUGGUAAGGUGCCAUCUCAGCUUGGUAAUCUGUCUAAAUUGCAGUAUCUUGACCUUGGCCAGCCUGGUUAUUAUUCUGAUAUGUACUCAAAGGACAUCACCUGGUUAACGAAGCUACCUUCCCUAAAGUUCCUUGGCAUGAUUGGAGUAAAUCUCUCAGGGAUAGCUGACUGGCCUCAUACACUGAAUAUGAUUCCGGCUCUGAGGGUUAUUGAUCUUUCUUGGUGUCAACUUGAUAGUGCAAACCAAUCACCUCUGCACCUUAAUUUCACAAAACUUGAGAAGCUUAACCUGUUAGGUAAUGAUUUUGAGCACUCACUUGGAUCUGGUUGGUUUUGGAGAGCAACAAGCCUCGAAUACCUUAAUCUUAGUGGUAACAGAUUAUUCGGCCAGUUGCUUGACACCCUAGGAAACAUGACGUACCUUCAAGUCCUUGAUAUUUCAUAUAAUGAGAACUCGGACAUGAUGAUGACUGGAAACCUGGAGAAUCUUUGGAGCUUGGAAAUCCUUAACCUCUCUGGUAAUUAUAUAAAUGGAGACAUAGCAGUGUUGUUGAAGAGUUGGCCGGAAUGCGCAUGGAAAAAAUUGCAGGAGCUGGAUUUAAGUGACAACAAUUUCAGUGGAACUCUGCCGAGUUUGACAGGGAAGUUCACCAGGUUGAGCAUACUAAGUCUCAAGAGAAACAGUCUUGUUGGACCUGUACCACAAUCACUUGGGAAUUUAACAUGUCUAACCUUCCUUGAACUCAAUGGCAAUCAUCUCACCGGAAGUAUACCAACUAAACUUGGUACCCUUACCUCUUUGACCUUUUUGGACAUAAGCAGCAACGACCUCACCGGGAGUAUACCAGCCGAGCUUGGGAAUUUGAGGUAUUUGACUGCUCUUGACCUCUCGGUCAACGGAAUUGUAGGACUUAUACCACCACAACUUGGGAAUAUGACAUCUCUAACCCUCCUUUGUGUGAAUAACAAUCACCUCACGGGAAGUAUACCAGCCAAGCUUGGGACAUUGAUGUAUUUGACUACACUUGACCUCUCCAACAAUCAUCUCAAUGGAAGUGUGCCAACUGAAAUAGGUUCUCUUAUUAAUAUGAUGCAUCUGGACCUAAGCAACAAUAGCAUUACUGGAGAAAUCACCGAAGAACACUUUGCAAAUCUAGCAAGCUUAAAGAAGAUAAACUUGUCUUUCAACAAUUUGAAGAUUAUACUGAAUUCAGAUUGGCAUGCUCCCUUCAGGCUGGAGUCUGCACAGUUUGCAUCUUGCAAGAUGGGUCCUCUGUUUCCAACUUGGCUUCAGCAGCUUGAAUCAACCUAUGAAGUUGACAUUUCAAGCAAUGUUCUAAAGGGCGAGUUUCCUGGUUGGUUUUGGUACACAUUUUCACAUACCACAAUUCUGGACAUCUCUAACAACCAAAUAAGUGGAAGCUUGCCAGCACAUCUAAAUGGCAUGACAUUUCACAAACUCUAUCUCAGUUCAAAUCUGCUUACAGGACCAGUACCUAUGUUGCCAAAAAAUAUCACCCAAUUAGAUAUCUCAAACAAUACCUUUUCAGAAACAAUACCAUCAAACCUUGAUGCCGCAGCACUUAGAGCAUUGUCUAUGCGUUCAAAUCAAAUUGGUGGCUACAUUCCAGAAUCUAUUUGCAAAUUAGAACAGUUGGUAUAUCUGGAUUUGUCAAACAAUAUUUUGGAGGGUGAAAUUCCUCAAUGUUUUCACACGUACAAAAUAGAACGUCUUAUACUCAGCAACAACAGUUUAUCAGGAAAAAUCCCAGCAUUUUUGCAGAACAACACAGGUCUGAAGUUCUUGGAUCUGUCAUGGAAUAAGUUCUCUGGAAGAUUACCUACAUGGAUAGGGAAGCUAGUGGAUUUACGUUUUCUCAUACUGAGCCAUAAUAAAUUUUCUGAUAAUAUUCCGGUCAACGUAACAAAGCUUAGUCGUCUUCAGUACUUGGAUCUAUCAGGCAACAACUUCUCUGGUGCAAUACCUUGGCAUCUGUCCAACCUAACGUUUAUGACAACAUUAGAUGAGGAUUACAUGGAUUUCUUUGAUAUCGGACCUUACAUAUACCAUACCCUUUAUCACGAUUUUGAUCGCCUAGAACAAACAUUGUCCGUAAAUACAAAAGGGCAGCAUCUUACGUAUAGUAAAACAUUUGCAUAUUUUGUGAGCAUUGAUUUAUCAUCCAACUCCCUGACUGGUGAAAUUCCUCCAUACAUCACUUCGCUUGCUGCAUUAAUGAAUAUGAAUUUAUCAUCGAACCAAUUGAGUGGACAAAUUCCAAACAUGAUUGGUGCAAUGCAAUCGCUGGUAUCUCUCGACCUCUCUCAAAACAAGCUUUCUGGUGAAAUCCCGUCAAGCUUGUCCAGUUUGACAUCUCUGAGCUACCUGAACCUGUCUUACAACAGUUUGUGUGGAAGGAUACCAUCUGGCCCCCAACUUGACACCCUCAAUGCUGAAAACCCGUCAAGUAUGUACAUCGGCAAUAGUGGACUUUGUGGGCGUCCUGUCCAUAAGAAUUGUUCAGGAAAUGAUCCUUCCAUCGAUGGCGACCUCAAAAGCAGCAAACAAGAGUUUGACCCACUGAGCUUUUAUUUUGGGAUUGUGCUGGGAUUUUUGGUGGGGCUCUGGAUGGUGUUUUGUGCACUGCUGUUCAAGAAGACAUGGAGAAUUGCUUAUUUCCAGCUUUUUGACUAGAGAUACAAUCGGGUCUAUGUAUUUGUGGUUGUGAAGUUGGCAAGCUUCGCAAAGAAAACAGAUGAAGAAUAACCAAUAUAUCUGAAGGAGGCGGUGUCUGUGCUGCAAACCACUGUAUGAGAGCUCUGGACUAUUAACCAGGGUGUGCAAGAUCUCGAGAAGCAUAUGUUAUAUUGUGUGCCUUGUUUUUGCCUCUAUCUAAAUAAAAAAUGAAGGUGUCUAGAUCUUCUGAUACAUUUAUGAAAUUACUAUUGUCGAACUAUUGUGGUACAUGUAAGACUUCAGUAUUGUUUAGUUAUUCCGAUAAAUGCAAGGCUUUAGUAUUCUUUUGGGAUGUAAUAAUCAUGAGGGUCGUUCCCUGAAUAAUUU